AUGGAGGUUUCAUGUCGGGGCUUCAAGGUGGAAGAUGUUUUUAGGGGCUGCAUCACUGUUUCUCAUCUUCUCUUCGCAAAUGACACUUUACUUUUCAAUGAUGCUAAUCAGGAUCAUCUUCGAGCUUUAAGAGCUUUAUUGUUAUGCUUUGAAGCUGUUUUUGGGCUUGGAAUAAAUUUAAAUAAGUCCGAAAUCGUCCCUGUGGGUUCAGUCAGCAAUAUUUAUGAUUUGGCCAAUAUUAUGGGCUGUAAAGUAUCUUCUUUACCUAUGAAAUACCUUGGAUUACCUUUGGAAGCUCUCCAUAGAUCUGUGUCUAUUUGGGAUGGGGUGAUUCAGAAGAUUGAGACGAGAUUAGCUGGUUGGAAAAAGAUCUAUUUAUCCAAAGGGGGUAGCGUUACAUUAAUUAAAAGCACCUUGUCUAAUUUACCUACUUAUUUCCUCUCUCUUUUUCCUAUUCCAAUGGGGGUGGUAAAAAUAAUUGAGAGGAUUUUUCGAAAUUUCUUAUGGGAUGGUACUGGAGAGCAAAGAAAAUUUCACUUGGUGAAUUGGAAAAAGGUUUGUACUCCGGUGACUUGUGGAGGUUUGGGUGUGCGGAAUUUGACGCUUUUUAAUAAAGCUCUUCUCAGGAAGUGGCUUUGGAGGAUCACUAAAUGUAAAGGGGCUAUUGUGGCGGAUUCUUACUUGUUUUCUAACAACAUGUUAAAUUGGAAUGUGGAAUUCACUAGAGACUUACAGGACUGGGAAGUGAGUGAAGUUGCUGAUUUCUAUGCAAUACUUUAUGAUUCUAAGAUUGAUCAGAACAUGGAUGAUAUGUUGUAG